AUUCAUGAGCUAAGCCUUUCCAAUAGUGUGGUUUGGUCAUUUGGAUGAGAGUUUGACGGGUCAGUUCGCCUCGUGUUCAUAACAAGGCGUGUUCUGUAACUAAAUCUGCACUACAUCAACAGUUUCGCUUUAUUCUUUCACUUUUAACUCAGGACAAGUGACUGACAACGCACUUUCUCACUAGAAGUCGCAGCGGACACUGAAGCAUCAGAUGAAGUCAUUGUGACCUAGAGGAAGUUGAAGAACCGCAAUGGAGCAGAAGACUGAAGACUGAAUACCUCCUGUGAGUGUCUGGAUGAUCAUCGAAGGCCAGAGCUGAACAGAAGCGGUUCUGAUGGCGGAUAACGGCCCGUCUGGUCUGUUGGAGGCGUGUUUGGUGGUCGGAGUAUCAAAUGAACGUCUGAAAGAACUAUGCCUGGGUAAAGACAAAGAGCUUCUGGUGGAGGCGGAGGUGCUGCAGGUUCACGCUCCACCGUUUGUGAAGAAGGAGAGUUCCAGUAACGGUGUUGUUCAGGAUCACGCUCCGGCCUUCAGCAGAGGCCAGAGGAGACGCUCCUUUAAGAAGAGGGACCGGCCGGUUUCAACCAUCAGCGAUUCAGGCAAAAUCAAUGAAUCGUCAGUCGUCGUCUCAGAUGACCUCAGCGUACCGCAAAACAUUGACCUCAUAGCCCUGCCGCAGCUCUGUUUCCCAGAUGGUUUGAGAAUAACCAAUGAGUGCAGAGAAGACUCCUAUCAUUUCCUGGUGUUCACGGAUGUGUUCGGGACCCAGACUCAUGGUGUGGUGGCUCAGUACUGCAAGCCUAUCCAUUUCCAACAAGAUAAUGCAAUGCAUCAAAACGCCCAUCAGUCGACCAAACUCCAGCGUCUCUACACCACAUACAGCAUAUGUGUCAUCUCCAAAUAUCCAUAUUAUAAUGCCCUCAGAGACUGCCUGUCCUGUUUUUUGCUCCAGCUGAAGACCUCCCGCAUGACCGAGUUUGAAGAGCAAGUGAAGGAGUUUUCCGCCAAACUGGCACUGGUGCCCCUCCCGCCUCCCGGACCGUUGCAUGUGGUGUUUAAUCUCAGACCCCUUCGGAUUGAACUUCCCUCCAGACUGGAUGUGGAUCGGCCCGUCUUGGACCUCGAUCUUCACUUGCCGUUUCUGUGUUUCAAACCCAAACAGAUCCUGCAGAUCAUUAGCUGUAUCCUGAUGGAGCAGAGGGUGGUGUUUCUGUCCACCAACUGGGCCAAACUCACACUCGUCGCCGAAUGUUUCAUGAUCUUCAUUCACCCGCUGCGCUGGCAGCAUCCGUUCGUACCCAUCCUGUCGCGCCAAAUGCUGGACUUCAUCAUGGCGCCCACGGCCUACCUAAUGGGCUGCCACACAUACCACUUCAAUGAGGUUGCAGAGGAGUUGGAUGAUCUGGUUCUUAUAGACAUUGACCAAGGAACAGUGAUGUGUUCAAGUUUAGGCAAGCUUGAUAUUCCAGAUGUGCCACUGGAAGCCAGAGAGUGUUUUAUAUCCCGAGCCAGAGGGCUUCAGCUUCACUAUGAUCUAGAUCUGUGUCACGCCGGCAGCCGCACGGACAUCAACGAGCUGCGCGCUCACAGGAGACAGUGGCAGCACAGCGUCAACAGUGUCAUCCUCAACGUCACCAUGGAGCUCAUCGUCAACAUCUUCAGUGAAGUUUGUGACUUCCUGAACUAUGAGCAUCGUGUUUUCAACAGCGAGGAGUUCCUCCGGUCCAGAGAUACGACAGAUCACACCUUUUACAAAAGGGUUUUAGACACUCAUAUUUUCCACUCGUUUCUACGGGACCGUUUGAACAGGAAGAAUGACGCAUUUACUCGCAUGCAGCUGAAUAUCCGGUCAGAGACCCGAAGGAUGAAAACCACGACGGAGUCUCCACGCAGACCCACGAUAGAGGAGAUCAACCGCAAGAACUUCCGACCAGAGAACGGCCUGAACAGCAGGCUGGGGAAGAGUAUGCCAAACCUGGCAGACUACAGAUUGCUCACCAUCCCGGUCCAGCGGGUGUCAAUAAGGACGAUGCCUUUACAGAGCGGUUCCUGGGGUCCCUCGAGGCCAAUCAGAAUCUUUAAACUCCCAGAAUUCCCUCCUCCGCUGGCCUACCAGUACGUUCAGAAGUACUACUAUGAUCUCAUUAGCCAGUUGAGCAGAGCCAUCACAGCGACCCCAGAUGACUCCGCCCUCCUGGCCCGUUACUAUUACCUACGAGGCCUGGUGAACUCUGUUGCCGGCAGACGCGUGGACGCCCUCGGAGACUUCCAGAGCUUGUAUAAGACAGACAUGGACAUCUUUCCUGCGGAGCUGCUUACCGCGCUGGUUGAGUCUCUGCCACCGCAGGAGAGGAAGGCGGCCGAGCAUCGCCCCGAAUUGAAGCGUCUGAUCAGCUGGGUGAAAAAAGAAAACGAGCGGGAGCUGGCAAAACCGAUGGAUGGCGGGACGGUGAAGAGAUUCGAACUGCCCAGGAAGCACCUGCACGUGGAGGACUUUGUGCGGCGCGUUCAGGAGUCGGGCAUCGUCAAGGAUUUGGGCACCAUCCAGCGGCUGUUUGAGGCGCUCACUGUGGGUCAGCAGAAGCAGGUGGAUCCAGAGACCUUCCGCUUCUUCUACAGCUUCUGGAAGGAGACUGAAGCGGCGGCUCAGGACGUGGACUUACCGGCCGUCGUGCUGGAGCACCUGGAGACCGACGAAUGUGUCUACAAGCUCUCGUCAUCCGUCAAGACCAGCCACGGCGUGGGCAAGAUCGCCAUGACCCAGCGCAGGCUCUUCCUGCUGACGGAGGGCCGGCCGGGAUAUGUCGAAAUCACCAAGUUCAGAGAUAUUGAGGAUGUGAAGAUAUCUUCUGCUCCUUUCCUUCUGCUGAGGAUCCCGUCUCUAAAGAUCAAAACAGCCUUAAGGAAGGAGUCAUUCGAGGCUAAUCUGAAGUCGGAGUGUGACCUUUGGCACCUGAUGAUCAAAGAGAUGUGGGCCGGGAGGAAGAUGGCGGACGAUCAUAAGGACCCUCAGUUCAUGGAGCAGGCCUUGACAAACGUCCUGCUGAUGGACGCCGUGGUCGGGAGCCUGCAGUCACAGAAAGCCAUCUACGCUGCUACCAAACUGGCCUACUUUGACAAGAUGAAGCUUGAGGUACCCAUGAUGGUACCCAAAACUACAUCUGAGACCCUGAAACACAAGAUAAACCCAUCUCUGGACCAGACGUCUCCUCAAGCGGUGGACGUCCUGCUGUACACGCCUGGUCAGCUGGGUGUGUCGGAGCUGGACGGCGGCGGGAACCCAAAGCUCUGGUGUGCACUGAGUGAUGGGAAGGUGCUGGUGUUCGACGCGGCCAGCUGGUCCAUGCAGCAGAACUCUGUUCAAGUGGGAACGUCCCGUCUGAAUUGCAUGCUGGCAGUGAACCAGCAGCAGCUGUGGAUCGGCUCAAAGGACUCGUUCAUUUACAUCAUAAACCCGCGGAGCGUGUCGUGCAAUAAACAACUGACGGAGCAUCGCUGUGAGGUCACCGGACUCACCCUGGAGGAGAGAUUCGACAAAUUCAGUCAUACGGUGGCGUACUCGUGCAGUGAAGAUGGCUGCGUGAUCGUGUGGGACGUGUCCUCGCUGCAGGUCAGACGACACUUCAGAGUCUCCUGUGACAGACUGCAGUCCAUCCAGAUCCAGAACGGCAUGCUGUGGUGCUGUGGCCGUGAUUGUGUGUUGGAAUUGCGCAGGAACGGCACGGUGCAUCGUAAGAUGUCUCUUCCAGAUCACCUGCUGAGUUCGCCGAGGGGUUUCAGCAGUUUCCUGCUUUUUAAUGAGUCGGAGCAGCUGUGGGCCGGUUUCGCGGAAGCAGGUGAGCUGUGUGUGUGGCACUGCAAAGAACUGAACAAACCCUUCAUCAGAAUCCAGCUCAAAGACUGCGCCGGUGUCGUCUGCAUGAUCAAAGUCAAGAAUCAGAUCUGGGUGGGUUGUCACGGCCGCAGCGCUGCAGGAAAAGCCCGCGGGAAGAUCUACGUGGUGAACACGGACCGUUACACGGUGGAGAAGGAGCUGGUCGCACACGCCGACAGCGUUCAGACUCUGUGCUCGGCUGAAGAUCGCUACGUGCUCAGCGGAGCCGCGCAGGACGAUGGCAAAAUCGGCAUCUGGAAAGUUGAGUAGAAUCCAGCAGGAAUGUAUGAUCCAUAGAUCCUUAAGAUAUGAACAUUUAUUGAGCAGAAUGCAAAAAUAAGAGGAAAAAUGCAUUUUGGAGUAGUUGCAUGCAUAAAUGCACCAUGUUAAAUGAAGAGCAAAACACUGCCUGAUGAGAAAUGUGCUGUAUUACUAAACAGUGGAUAUUUUUGGCUAAAACAUUGCGAUUAAUACUCAAAGUCAUAUUGAGUGUUAAUUUGCUUACAUGAAUAUAAAGUCUCAAUAUUGAAGGGAAAGACACUACUUUUAUAAUGAAUUCCUCAGUGUUAUAUCAAUAUUUAUGUACCUCAUUCAUGUCUGAAUUUAAUUUAUGAUGGAGGAUUUCCUCUGCUCUGAAAGUCCAAAAACAGCAAACUAAGGGAGAUAAAAUGUGCCAGUGUAAAUGUUUAUUAGUGCACAUACACAUGGGCAGAGAAAGAGAGGCUUGUUUAAGAUGUUUUAACUGUAUUACAGGCCAUUUGCUUCACUCAGUAAAAUAUUAGCACUCUUUGAAAUACAUAAAGUGAAUUUGUAAAGGGAUAAUUUUAUAAUUUUUUUUAAUAAUGAACAACUGGUUGCAUUUUAGACAUGUGAAAAUGCACUUUACCAACACUAGUUAUCUUAUUUACCAAUAAUUGUUUAGGAUUUGUUCAUUUUAAACGUUUUGAGUAAAAGAAGAACAAGCGUGAAUAUUCAAAGCCAUAGAACAUAAUGGAGUUACUGUGUUAUUAUGCAUAUAUUUCAUAUGAAGAACUUUUGUACAUAUUUUGUGGUAUAUUGUAUCUGUAUUUAACUAUACAAAAUCCAUUUUUAAUGGCCAUAAUGGUUUUAUAUUGAAGCAUUUUACUUAUGCAUUUGUUCAUAAAUGUAAUUUUUAAGACUGGGGUUUAGUUUAUCAUUUUAGAUUAGACUUUUGUAUUUAUUGUACAUAGUCAUUAUAAAAUUAAUUAAACUUGAACUUUA